CAGCUGGCAGUAAUGACAGCCUCCAGCACAUUGAGAAAUGAUCUCCAGAGGUCUGUUUCAUGUAUAAUCCAGUUUCUAAAUCCCCCAGGAGAGGGACUGAAGCCCCCUUUGCCUUUGUCUGUACUGGACUCCUCCUCCUCCUCCUGCGGGGAGCUGGCACACAGCUGAGAUUCAAUAACACACUUUCCAUUGACAAGGAGGAAACAGACAAGAUUUUAUUUGGUUUUCUGCCAACAUAUCUGCCCCCAUUCCCUGCUGAAUACAAAUAGAGGAGAAGAGCGUCUCCAACUGACACUUGCUGACACAAGUUCCUGCAAGACACUGAGCCAGCCACUUCCCUUCCAUCCAGGAUGAAAACAGAACUGAGCUAUAGGACCAAGUGUCUUCAAAGUCCCAUAAGAGAAAUGAUAACACAUGGAGAUUCUAGUCCCUGUGUUGGCUCAUGCUACGCUAUGGAAAUUCUAGACAGUUUAAACAUCUCGAGGAAGAAUGGGUUGUUCACCGAUCUAACGCUACAAGUAGAAGGUCAGCAGUUCCCCUGCCACCGAGUCAUCCUUUCUACCAAAAGUGCCUAUUUUAAGGCCAUGUUCACCAGCAACCUCAAAGAAAGUCACCUUGGCAUGGUCAGCCUUCCCGAAGUUUCGGCGCCGUGCAUGGCUCUAGUUUUGGACUUCAUGUACGAAGGAAGAAUUACAAUUCAAGAAGAAAAUGUUCAGGAGAUCCUCUGGAUGUCAGACUUCCUUGACAUGGGCAGUUUACAAAAGCUCUGUGUAAAGUUCCUUGAAUGCCAACUUGACCCUUUGAACUGUGUAGGGAUAAAGAAGAUUGCAGACACGUUAUCCAUUCCUUCUUUGUCUGAUAAAACCAAGAAGAUGAUGUUAGAAAGGUUUACAGAAGUUUCCAUGCAGGAGGAAUUCUUGGACUUAAGCAAAGAGGAACUCAUCGAGUACCUAUCCAGCGAUGAUUUGGUGGUGCCCAAAGAGGAGGUGGUCUUUGAAGCCGUCUUGAGAUGGGUCAAGAAAAAUAAAAAAGGGGAAAAGGUACCAAAGGAUCUUUUAGAACAUGUGAGAUUGCCCCUGCUGGACCCUGCUUAUUUUCUGGAGAAGGUGAAAAUGGACAAAAUUAUCCAAGAUUCUCCGGAGUGUUUCCCUUUAUUUUAUGAAGCUCAGAUGUACCUAAUUCUUGGUAACACUGGCAAUUCAAUUAGGAUGAGGCCAAGAAGAUUUAUGGAUUUGUCUGAAAUGAUUGUUGUGAUUGGUGGCUGUGACAAGAAAGGGGCCUUAAAGUUACCGCACAUUGACAGCUAUGACCAGAAGACGGGACAGUGGACGGGGCUCUCUGGACUCCCAGGAUACAUCAAAUCAGAGAUGGCCACCUGCGUGUUGAAGAAUAAUAUUUAUAUCUCAGGUGGUCAUAUAGACAGCCGGCAUGUUUGGAUGCUCAAUGUCCACAUCAACAGUUGGGUUAAAGUCGCCUCUCUGAACACAGGGAGAUGGAGGCACGGAAUGGUGACACUAAAGGGACAGAUCUACGCAGUUGGUGGCUUUGAUGGUCAGAGUAGGUUGACCACAGUGGAACGAUACAACUCUUCCACCAAUGCCUGGACUACUGCCACUCCCAUGUUGGAAGCUGUGAGCUCUGCAGGGGUGGUCACUUGUAUGAACAAGCUCUAUGUCAUUGGUGGAGCAGUAGAUGAUCAUCAGAGCAUAGACAAGGUUCAGUGUUAUGAUCCUGUGGAGGAUAAAUGGACCUAUAAGUCUCCAGCCCCAUUCUACAAGGACUGUAUCAGUGCGGUUGAGCUAGAUGGGACGAUUUAUGUUGGCGGCGGGUUAAUGAGCACCAUCUUCAAAUACCAGCCGGAGUCAGAUGUGUGGAGCGAGGCGGCUGCAUUACCUGGUGUACUGGAAAGCUGUGGGGUGACGGUCUGCGGAGGGAAGAUCUAUAUUAUGGGCGGCAGAGAUGAGAACGGCGAAGGGACAGAGAAAACUUUUGUAUACGAUCCAAGGACAAAUAUGGUUUCCGAGGGGCAGCCACUGCUACGCAGCAUCAGUCACCACGGAUGUGUCACAGUUCUGCAGAGACAGAGCACAUGACUGAACUGACCAAUCACAGGAGAGGAUUCAAAAAAGAGUCGGCACAAACAGAGGUCAAGAGGGACAGUCACCACUGGAGCUCUCCUGUUAUCUUUGUUAUAUAUGGACCAAGAAAUGGACAUUGUGGACACCGGACUGGGCAUGGUGUAGUCAUAUAGAUUCAGAGUCAUUAUCCACUUAAGCCCCGGACCAAUAUGCUGGCUAAAGACCCAAGGUGUUUUUACAGUUCGGGACUGCGUCGCUUUA